AUGUCCUCUGCAGCAAGACCAGAAUUAAAAUUUUCAGACAUUUCUGAAGAACGGAGGUUCUACAAGAGAUACUUGGGACUUCCUGAGAAGCCUUCGACUACACUUCGUGCCAUCGACAAAGGCGAAUAUUAUACGAUUAUAGGACAUGAUGCUAUCUUUGUCGCUGAUAGCAUAUACCAUACCCAAUCUGUUUUAAAGGAUUGUAAGGUGGAACCCUCAGUCGCUAGACAGACCAAUGAACCCUUGAAAUACGUUACAGUUUUACCACAGGUUUUCAGUACUCUUUUGAAAACUUGUCUUUUAGACCUUGGAUACAAGGUUGAGAUCUAUGACAAAGCUUGUAGUUUGUCCAAAAGUGCUUCCCCCGGUAAUAUCGAACAGAUUCAAGAUUUGAUGAAUUUAGCUGUUGAUUCUUCUAUUGUUAUUGCAGGCUUAAAAUUACAAUUUAAUACUCAAGAGGGGCAUUGUGUCAUUGGAGUUGCCUUUAUCGAUACAAGCAAUUAUAAAGUUGGGAUGUUAGAUAUUAUUGACAAUGAGGUUUAUUCCAAUUUAGAGAGUUUUCUGAUCCAGUUGGGUGUUAGAGAAUGCCUUUUACCUGAUAUGAGCAAAUCUGAAAGUAUAAGCAGUGAAUUGAAAAAAAUUAUUGGGGUUAUUGAACGUUGUGGUUGUGUUUCUACUUUGAUCAAGUCUUCGGAUUUUACAGAUAAAGAUGUGGAACUUGAUCUUGCAAACCUGGUGGGUGAUGAACUUUCAUUAUCCUUACCACGUUAUUCGAAAUCAGCAUUAAGUUCCUGUGGUGCCCUAUUGAACUAUCUACAACUUUUGAACGAGCAAGAUCAAGUGGGUAAGUACGAAUUAAUUCAGCACUCUUUGCAGGAAUUUAUGAAAUUAGAUGCAUCGGCCAUUAAAGCUCUCAACUUAUUCCCACAAACAGCAAACCAACCAUUUGGUCCAGCAGCGGGUAUCUCACUUGGUGGUGCUGGAACUAAAGUUUCAUCACUUUUCCAAUUGUUGAAUCAUUGUAGGACCAACGCUGGCGUUAGACUUCUCAACGAAUGGCUCAAGCAACCAUUGACAGAUGUGGAACAAAUUGAAAAGAGACAUAUUUUGGUGGACUACUUAAUAGAUCAAUUAGAACUCAGACAGAUUUUACAAACUGACCAUCUACCGUCCGUUCUAGAUGUUCGUCGUAUCACCAAGAAAUUGAAUCGUAAUGGUAAUUUGGAAGAUGUUCUUAAGAUUUAUCAGUUUGGUAAAAAAAUUCCAGAAAUUGCAGAUUUGCUAAGCUCCUUCUUGGAUGAUGAUCAAGGCAGUGCUGAAGCUAAAUCCUUGGUUAAAAGUACUUGGUUAGAACCUUUGAUGUCCCAUACAGAACCCUUGACUAAACUGUUAGAGAUGGUAGAGACGACCGUUGAUUUAGAUGCAUAUGAGCAGCAUAACGGAUUUAUGAUUAAAGUGGAAUUGAAUGAAGGAUUGGCAAACAUUAGGGAUCAAUUAGAUGCUCUGAAAGACGAAAUCAACUCCAUUCAUUUGGAGACGGCCGAAGACCUUGGAUUUGAUCCUGAAAAGAAGUUAAAAUUGGAGAAUCAUCACAUCCAUGGUUGGUGUAUGAGGCUUACUCGUAAUGACGCUAGAGAAUUAAGAAACCAUAAGGAAUAUUUGGAAUUAUCCACCGUGAAGGCAGGUAUUUAUUUCAGCACCAAGAAGUUGAAAGAGAUUGCUAGUGAGACCGCUGUUUUACAAAAGGAAUACGAUAAGCAACAGUCAGCGUUGGUGAAAGAGAUUGUUAGCAUUACUUUGACAUAUUCACCAGUCUUAGAAAAACUGUCCCUAGUUUUGGCCAAUUUGGAUGUAUUAUGUUCAUUUGCCCACGCAUCAUCAUACGCACCAAUUCCAUACAUAAGACCCAAGAUGCACGGUUUAGAAACCACUAGAACUACACGUUUAGUAGCAUCUAGACACCCUGUUCUUGAAGUACAAGACGAUGUUACGUUUAUUGCCAACGACGUCAAUUUGGAAAGCGGUGUAAAUGACUUCCUUAUCAUUACGGGUCCCAACAUGGGCGGUAAAUCCACUUAUAUCAGGCAAGUCGGUGUCAUAUCGCUAAUGGCACAGAUUGGUUGUUUCGUUCCCUGUGAAGAAGCUGAUAUCGCAGUUGUGGAUGCUGUGUUGUGCAGAGUAGGUGCAGGUGAUUCACAACUAAAAGGUGUUUCCACGUUUAUGGUGGAAAUGUUGGAAACUGCAUCUAUCUUAAAGAACGCUACUAAAAAUUCGUUGAUUAUUGUCGAUGAAUUGGGUCGUGGUACGAGUACUUACGAUGGAUUUGGUCUAGCUUGGGCGAUUGCAGAGCACAUUGCAAGUAAAAUAGGUUGCUUUGCAUUAUUUGCUACACAUUUCCACGAAUUGACUGCCUUGGCAGAUAAACUGCCCAAUGUGAAGAAUAUGCAAGUCGUUGCACAUUUGGAGAAGGACCAAGACGGUCAAAAUGAAAGUGACGACAUUACCUUACUUUACAAAGUGGAACCAGGAAUUUCCGACCAGUCAUUUGGUAUCUACGUUGCUGAGGUGGUUCAGUUCCCUCAAAAGAUUGUGAAGAUGGCGAAGCGUAAGGCUAACGAACUCGAAGAACUCAAAAGUCAUGACCAAGAUUCCAAGAGAGCUAAGCUGUCUGUGGAGGAACUCAACGAGGGAAAUCAACGCUUGAAAACAUUGCUCAAGGAUUGGGUAAACCAACUAAGACAACAAGGUUUGGAUGAUCCAAGAAAGUUGACAGAAGAAGACAGUCAAAUCCAAAUCCAGAAUCUCCUAAAAUCUUUGGCCGGCGAAUCUUCCGAAGAUAAAUUUCUGCAGUACAUUUCAGACACCUUAGUGUAG